GACCUCCGCCGAGGCGCCGCCAGUGCGAGGCCUCGCCAGGCCAGUUGCAGGGACCCGACCUGGAGGCCCAGGAUCUAAGUUCAGUGGGUGGCGAGGAGCGGAGGACCGCGCGGGGAGGCCAUUGGUUUCGGGGGCGGGGAGUUAGGCAACCGGGCGAAAACUGGACCACUGUUAAUUUUUCAGGGGCUUUGGAAACUCAUAUUUUUAUUCCCAAGUCACCCUUCCUUGGUAUGUUAGUUGUGACGAGUGAAGCUCCCUGAUUUGUUUCAUUUUUUUUAAAAGCGAUGCAUGGCGUGUGUUGUAGGCGAGGAAAGGAGGUUGGUGGUAUAGCAUUUUCCUUAAAUUUUGUAUUUAAGUCAUUCUGUAAGCAUUUACUGAAAACUCAGCAUAAGGGCAUAUAAGCUUUGGGGACAAGGCCUUGUAUAAUGGGGAUCUUUUGAGGGCCGUCUCCCGAACGCAACACCACGUAUCUUCGCAAAUAUUCUUACAUAGCUGUUCGGGUGAUUGUUGGAUGAAUGGAUUACCGCAAACCCAAGCUGUGCACCCAUUGGCCAGCCAACUAGGAGACAUUUGGGGAAGCUAGGAAGGAAGUAGGGGCGACACUUGGGCUUGAAUUUUCAGUAUAAAGGGUUAAAUUUUGCAACACAGGAGUAGACAAGUGGCAGACAAAAGCAUUGCUUGAACCUGAACACUCCAACGCAUGUGAUCAUAAGCCAAGAAACCUGGGAGGGCACGUGGUUGAAAUGGGAACGAAAAGGGGUGACGGGGAUUCCAGGACAUUUCCUGAUGGGAUUGACGUUGGUUCUGCAUUGGAGAUGAACAUUUUCCAUAAUUCACAUUUACUUUCAAAGUCAUCUGAAAUGUCAAAUUUUUAGAAGUUAUCAAACCCUUCUGUGCCGUUCUACCAGAAAUUCAGAAACCUGAAAGGAAAAUCCAGUUUAGAGAGAAGGUACUAUGGACUGCUAUAACUCUCUUCAUCUUCUUGGUGUGUUGCCAGGAACUUUAAUGGAGUUGGGUAUCUCCCCAAUUGUAACAUCUGGUUUGAUUAUGCAGUUGUUAGCUGGAGCCAAAAUCAUUGAAGUUGGAGAUACACCCAAAGAUAGAGCCCUAUUCAACGGAGCCCAGAAACUGUUUGGGAUGAUCAUCACCAUCGGCCAGGCCAUCGUGUAUGUCAUGACGGGCAUGUACGGGGACCCUGCUGAGAUGGGCGCCGGGAUCUGCCUCCUGAUCAUCAUUCAGUUGUUUGUUGCUGGUUUGAUUGUGCUGCUGUUAGAUGAGCUGCUACAGAAGGGUUACGGCUUGGGGUCUGGUAUUUCCCUCUUUAUUGCCACCAACAUCUGUGAGACCAUUGUCUGGAAGGCCUUUAGUCCCACCACCAUUAACACUGGCCGAGGUACGGAGUUUGAGGGGGCCGUCAUUGCCCUCUUCCAUCUCCUGGCCACCAGGACAGACAAAGUUCGAGCUUUACGGGAGGCUUUCUACCGUCAGAAUUUGCCCAAUCUCAUGAACCUCAUUGCUACGGUUUUUGUGUUCGCAGUCGUUAUCUACUUUCAGGGCUUCCGUGUGGACCUGCCCAUCAAGUCGGCGCGGUACCGAGGGCAGUACAGCAGCUACCCCAUCAAGCUCUUCUACACGUCCAACAUCCCCAUCAUCCUGCAGUCGGCCCUCGUGUCCAACCUGUAUGUCAUCUCCCAGAUGCUGUCCGUUCGAUUUAGUGGCAACUUUUUAGUCAAUUUGCUGGGCCAGUGGGCUGAUGUCAGCGGGGGAGGUCCUGCUCGGUCUUACCCAGUGGGGGGGCUUUGUUACUACCUGUCCCCCCCGGAGUCCAUGGGCGCCAUAUUCGAGGAUCCUGUCCACGUGGUGGUUUAUAUCAUCUUCAUGCUGGGGUCCUGCGCGUUCUUUUCUAAGACCUGGAUAGAGGUGUCUGGUUCCUCCGCCAAAGAUGUGGCGAAGCAGCUUAAGGAACAGCAGAUGGUGAUGAGGGGCCACAGGGACACCUCCAUGGUUCACGAGCUCAACAGGUACAUCCCCACGGCCGCUGCGUUUGGGGGUUUGUGCAUCGGCGCCCUGUCGGUCUUAGCCGACUUCCUCGGGGCCAUCGGCUCUGGCACCGGAAUCCUGCUUGCAGUCACUAUUAUUUAUCAGUAUUUUGAAAUAUUUGUUAAGGAGCAGGCUGAAGUUGGCGGGAUGGGUGCUUUGUUUUUCUAAAUGUUGCGAUAUUUCUUUGUGUGUGAAAGGGAAGGUAUUUUGACGCAUUGUUUUUGUCAAGUAAUGCGGUCCCCCUCUUCUCCUGCCACAGUUCGUUUUCCAGGGCGAAGCGUCCCAUGUCUGAAAUGGGCACGGAGCUGAGCCCGUGUGCAGCAUGAGUACCAGCUGCCUUAAAACUCAAGUUUACAUUAGUCAGUCAGAAACAUCCACGCAGUGUUGCUUGUGAUGCUGGAAAGCGCUGUACCCGCCUCGCCGUGUUCAGCUGUGACAGCGAGACGGUGCCGGGGAUCAGUUCUGCACACUCAUCCCAGCACUCCCCCUCCCCUAACCCGUCUGAAAAUACACGCCCUUCCAGUUGCCACUUGCCCGUAGCCUGGAGCUUAUUUAAGGAGUUCUGGAACAUUUAUAUCGAAUCCGUACUUGAGAUAUAAUCACUGUUCGUACUCUUUAAACUCACAGUGUCCCCGUUCCCACGUCCCCCCUUUUAUUGGUUCCUCCUCAAAUCCAGCUUUUAGUGUCACCAGUGUCACGUCUGUUCCCAGAAGCAAGUGCUUGUAUGAACAGUUUCCCAUCCCCCUUCCUUCCCAGUGACAGCAGGUAGUGCUGUUGGACUGUAUCGGCUGUGCCUUCCAACGCCAACAAGUCGCUUGAGUCUCUUUCAAGACACCAUGCCCCCAUUUUUUUUUUUAAAUCCCUAAAGCAAAGAUCUAAUGCUCCAGCAGUGUCUCUAGUUGAGUGGGGAGAAAGUGAGUAACUCAUGCUAGGAGUUUGUGUAAGUUGUUGUACUUGACAGCAGCAACAUGAGUGUAAACAGUAGACAAUAAAGUUUUAUUUAAUAAAACUGUC